AUGGAAAACCAGCAUAUGAAUUAUUAAUUUCAUGGCGUAUUAACUUUAACAAUUUCACAAUCAUUGGUUUCAAAUUGAAUAUUAAAAAUCAGAAAUUGUUCCGUGGCGAAGACGAAGCAUCGUGAUGAAGAUCACAAGAUAAUUUUCAAACAUAAUGUGUAAUAUAUUUUUAAUUACGAUAGUACUAUUACACUGUUCGAUUCCCGCUCAGCUGGACAAGUACGAUGUUCUAUUGAUACCAGUACAGAAAUUACCGAUCAAAACAAAAAAUGUGAACUACUCGCCGAUGCAGAGACAGCGAUAUUCAAAGAGAUUCAAGAAAGAUGAUUCAGAUAGAAUCGAUUUUGAUUCUUAUGAGGAUAGAGGAACAGAUGUAGCAAAUAGAGAUAGUUCCGAAUAUGGAAAAGACCACGAUGGAGAAAGGGUUGGAGAGUUCCGAGCUUACGAUUUCGAAUCCAAUUACGGUGAUGAUAAAAUUGUAGGAGGUUUUGAAGUUGAGAUCAAUUUGUAUCCCUAUCAUGUUGGAUAUGGUUCAAACUGUGGUGGAGCAAUUAUUGAUAAGAGAUGGGUCUUAACUGCCGGGCAUUGUGGCAAGAAGUCAUACAUAAGGGCGGGUUCAAAAUACAUAAACCAAGGAAAGAAAAUAAAUGUGAAAAAAGGAUAUGUGCAUCCAAUGUGGACAGCCAAGAAGAAGGAACAUCCAUUUGACUAUGACUUCCAACUGCUGGAAUUAAGUGAGCCAUUGAAAUUUGAGGAGAACAUACAACCUAUUAAGAUAGCUCAUAUUGAAGAUAUGGUUAUAGGGAAAGUUAUAACUGUUACUGGUUGGGGCAACACUGAGGAAAACGGUCCAUACUCAAACGUACUUCGAGCAGUCAGGGUGCCGAUAAUAUCAAAAGAGCGCUGUCAAAAUGUGCCGUUCCCAUAUUUCAGAGGAAGUUUAACUGCUAGAAUGUUCUGUGCGGGAUACGCGGAAGGAAAGAAAGAUGCUUGCCAGGGUGACUCAGGAGGCCCAGCAGUAGCAUACGACCGACUUCUAGGAAUGGUUUCUUUCGGCUAUGGAUGUGCCACUCCCGGAUCUUAUGGAGUAUACAGCAAGGUUGCUAAAGUCAGAACAUGGAUCGAACAGACCACAGGAAUCACAUUCGAUUGAAGAUUGAUAUUAUUACCGAAAAUAAUUUAUUCAGGAACAUCAUGAAUAAUUAUUGUUACUUCAUCUAUUUCUAAUCAAAAAUGAUGUCAGUUGUUAGUGAAGCUAAAUUUUCGAUGUACAUUCUAAAAAUUAUACUAAAA